AUGCGGUUCAUUCGAUCCCUCCUUCUCCCGCUCACGCUCCUUGCUACGGCCGUUCUGGCGGAGAGCUCUGCUCAUGACACCCUCGAUCUGGAAGCGAGGAGUGUGUGGGAUGACGAUGCGUUGUUUGCGCGGGACGACGACGAGCUUUACGCUCGUGACCUCGAAGAGCAUAAAGACCACCCUCUUGUCCGGGAAGUAAUCAACGUCCUGGCUGCGCGCGCUGGAAAGGCCUGCCGAAACCAGAACCGGUUGAUCUCUGUGCCCGUCGGCAGGUGCCAUCCCGCGACUUCCGUGGGCAUGCUGUCCGGUCACCAGUGCGCGAACCGUGGUGGAAAGUACUACUUCUGUAUGGACUCGGGUGGUGGAUCAUGCAUGGCGGUCAGACACGCUAUUGGUCUGGAGUACGGACAGUCGGCUAUGUAUACUUCCCCAAUCGCUGCGGUCGUUCUUCCUCGUAGUGUUGCGAUUGAGCAGCAGUAUGUCCUACCUGAAACUUAUUUAUGA